AUGACUGUGUUGGUUUUAGCAUCAUUUCUUGUUGGUGCCCUGUUAGUUAAAGAACUGGAAUGUGCAGAACAGUCUCCAUUUACUAUUAUUCAGGAGGACACAGUUUAUCAUGGAAAAUUCUCUAAUCUCACCGUUGUCCAUUUUAUUGGAAAUUCGGGAAGAACUGGGACGUGGGAAGUGAUGAACACUAUUACUCCCAAGAAUCCUGAACACAUUAACGGUGUUCAUGUAAUUGCUCGACUUCGAAACAAUGGAGAGACAUAUUUCAUCUUCAAUAAACAGUACAGAAUUCCGACCAAAAGCUGGACCUUAGAAUUUCCCGGAGGUAUACAGGAAGCAGGAGAGUCAUCCACAGAAGCUGGAAUACGGGAGCUUAAAGAGGAGACUGGAUACGCUGCCACAGAUGUGUUGUUCAGCUCUUCCGGUAGGCAAGGCACAAUGCCGUCAAGAUUGAAUGACACGGCCCGUCAUGUUGUCGCCGAUGUUGACGGCGAUGCUCAAGUGAACUCACAUCCCAAGCAGUUCUUAGACGAUGCCGAGAUGACGAAGGUCGUGUUAAUCAAAGCGUCUGAUCUGUUGAAGACAAUACAAUCGCUUGAAAAGGAACUUGAUAUCGCCAGCAAUGUGUACACAUUUGCUCUCGGUUAUGCCAUGCGAAGUGGCCAGAUCCAGUUAUGGCAGUUUCUUCUGGAGCUGUUGGCAGACGCAGCUUCAAAUGCUCACUGCAUAGCGUGGGAAGGAGGCAGCGGAGAGUUCAAACUUGUCGAUCCGGAUGAAGUAGCACGGAAAUGGGGCGAACGAAAAAGCAAGCCCAACAUGAACUAUGACAAACUCAGCAGAGCGUUGCGAUAUUACUACGACAAAAAUAUUAUGACUAAGGUGCACGGGAAAAGAUACGCCUACAAAUUCGAUUUUCAAGGACUAGCACAAGCCUGUCAGAACACAAUGAAUGGAAGUGGAGAUCUCUCUAGUGCUGUGCAGUCACUCAAUCCUUAUCAAAAUAUAUCGAAACUUACACCUUCACAAGUCCCCUAUCAAUUAUUGGGAGGCUCAGACAGGUUAGCACAAGCAGUACCCGUGUGCAGUGCAUAUUGGCCAGCUCAACCACAGGCCUACAUAUAUCCCACGGUGUCAUACUAUAAUACGAAACCAACAUUGUAA